AUGGAUGACCAUUUUAGACCUAAACUUUAUUUUUUACAUUUAAUGAUUGAUACUGAAGAGGGUAAGUAUAUAGCAUUUGAGGAUACUCAAGAGAUUUAUAGAACUGUAUCAUGGUUUCGAGACCAUAUUACAAGUCUGAUGGUGGCGACCAGACCAGUGUGUCAGGUUAUGAACAUGAAAUGUGAUUUUGUUCUUACAAAAGAAAUUUCAGAAGCUUUUGAAGUUACAAAACAAACGGUAGCUAAUGCUUGUUAA